AUGACUACGUCAGAGCUGUAUGCUAAUUCAGGACCACCGGUCUUUACCGGCAAGUACGCCCGCGAACGGAUGCCGGACAUGAUCGACUACUCGUGGCACGUCCACUACACCCCGGCCCGCCAGCGGCUCCACGACCGCAUCAUCGACGAGUUCCUCGCAGAGUGUCCGCAGACGGCUCUCCGCGCCUUUGCUGCUGCUGCUGCCGCCGAAUCCCUCACGGGGCCGGUUGCCGACCAUGAGCCGUGGGCCAUUUUUACCGCCGGCACAAUGGGCUCAGGCAAGUCGUAUGUUCUCCGCAAGCUUGACGAGCUCGGCGUCCUCCCUCAGCGGUGCUUUGUCUUUAUCGAUCCCGACAAGAUCCGGUACAAGCUGCCGGAAAUGGCGGCGUACCUUGGCGACGAUCCAACUCUGGCCGGAUCGCGAACGCAUUUGGAGGCGUCGUACAUCCAAGAGGUGAUGCAGUCGAUCGCGUUCAAGGUUCAGGCAGACAUCAUCAUAGACGGCUCACUCCGGCACGCCGGCUUCUUCCGCGACCAGCUGUUCCCGCGGAUCAAGGCCAAGUUUCCGACCUACCGUAUUGCUAUUGUCCAUGUCACCGCCGAGCGGCAUCACAUUAUGGAGCGGGUCGAGUCGCGGGCGGCCGCUACUGGCCGCCACAUCCCCAUCGACCUCCUGGAGGAGACCAUGGCGCAGGUGCCCAACUCGGUCGAGACCCUCACACCGCACGUCGACCUUGUGGCUGCGGCGUGUAACAAUGACGCGCCGCAUCUGACCAGCCUCAAUUUUGCGCCAUCGCGCGAUCCGAGCUCAGCGCGGGUCACCCCGCAGCUUGCGACUCCGGUCGAUGUGCAGGAGACCGCCAUCAAGAACUGGCACCUGCUUGGUGCCGCUUGGGGAGCGGUCUCACCGCCUCACCCGCACGCUUCGGCGUGAACUGCCGUCACGAUGAUGACAUCAGCGACGACGUUGAUGAACUGCUCAUGUCAAUCUUGAUGUCACCAGCAGAGACCGACGACGCCGGGGCCGACGAGGUGGCACCGAGUGAGAACCGCACUCGCCGCGACGAAGAGUUGAGCGCUGACGUCUCGUCGCCGUCGUCAUCGUCAUCAAAGUCCGAGACUGUCGAGUUUGCGCCAAAGUCGACGUCUUCUUCCUCAAACAGAAAUCGCGACGUCGACCGGUGCUUGUCAAACGCCGACGAGCUCG